AUGGAUCCCAAUCAGUUCAAAAUGUUUUUAGAACAUCAGACACACAUAUUUCAACAACUCAUGCAAACCGUUAAUGCAUCUACAACGGCAUCGACAUUAACCAUCCAACAGCGUCAACAAUCCGAGCAGCAGCGAUCUUGCGCAGCGAACGUUCCGGUACCACAACCAUCGCCACUAGCUUUAGAUGGCGAUAUGGAAGUAAAUUACGACUUCUUUGUCAGAAGUUGGAACGACUACUCUAAAGCGAUUGGAAUGGACCAAUGGCCACCAAGCGAUAACGCUAAAAAAGUCAGCUUCUUACUAACUGUUAUCGGUGAACCUGCGAGGAAAAAAUAUUUCAAUUUUGAGCUUACAGAAGAGGAAUCAGUGAGCAUAGAAUCCGUGUUACGUGCAAUCAAAUCAAAAGUGGUAACAAAACGCAACAUAAUCAUCGAUCGGUUGGAUUUUUUUUCGACCUUACAAGCUUCUCGAGAAUCAAUUGAUGAAUUUUCCUCUCGUCUCAAGGGAUUAGCGAAAGUCUCGAAGCUUGGGGCUUUAGAAUCAGAACUCUUAACUUACAAAAUUGUCACAGCAAAUCGAUGGCAACAUCUAAGGACAAAAAUGUUAACGAUCACAGAUAUAACGUUGGAUAAAGCAAUAGAUCUGUGUCGAGCUGAAGAAAUCACGGAGAAGAGGUCCCAGGAAUUAACGUACAUCGUUCCUGAAUCGGAAGUACAUAAAGUCAACAAGAGCAGUUCUCGCUUUAAACAGUGGAAGUCAUCUCGAUGCAAGUUUUGCGGAGAUGUACAUGAAUUCUCCAAAGGAGCAUGUCCCGCUCUCGGAAAACGUUGUCAUCGGUGUAACGGAAAAAAACAUUUCGAGAAAGUGUGUCGAGCAACGGAAAAGUCCAAAAAUAACAGAUCUCGACGUGUAAGAGAGGUGAAGGAUGAUAAUUCUGAGGAAGAAUGUUCAAGAAACGAAGAAUCUUCGGAUGAAAGUGAACAGGAAUACGAAAUCAGCAAAAUUUUCGACAAUACUGACAAAAGAGGUGGAGUUGCGGCUGAGCUGGACUUUAAAUUCAAAAAUUCGUGGAAAUCUGUGCUCUGUGACCAAGAUACGGGAGCUAAUACUAGUCUUAUUGGUUUCAAUCAUUGGGCAGAACUUACGGAAGAACGCAGUCCAUCCUUACAACCGUCGUCAGUUCGACUACAAAGUUUCGGAGGUAAUCCGAUUAAAGUUCUGGGACAGGUAAAAGUAAAGUGUCGACGAUCAAAUCGAAAAUAUCGAUUGAUUUUGCAAGUCGUUGACGUUAACCAUCGUCCGCUGCUAUCAGCUAAAGCAUCACGAGAACUCGGAUUCAUUAAGUUUUGUGAAACAGUGAAGCUGGAAGCAGAGGAAUCUACAAAUUCGUCUGAAAAAUUACUUCACGUGUAUCGAUUAAAGGCGCAACAAAGCAUCGAUGAAUACCAAGAGCUUUUCGAAGGAUAUGGAAAGUUACCUGGAACAGUGACCCUCGAAAUUAAUGACAGUUGCACACCGUCAAUCCAAUCACCUCGGCGCGUACCGAUAGCAAUGCGUAACGAGCUCAAAAAAGAGCUUAACUAUCUGGAAGAAAAUGGUAUAAUCGUUAAAGAGACAAACCACAGUGAUUGGGUCAGCAAUCUGGUCCUGGUUAAGCGACCUACCGGUAUACGAAUUUGUCUGGAUCCAGUAUCACUAAAUAAAGCACUACUCAGACCGAAUUUACAAUUCGCUACAUUGGACGAAAUCCUUCCAGAACUCGGCAAGGCUCGUGUAUUUUCCACAAUGGACACAAAAAAAGGAUUUUGGCACGUAGUUCUAGACAUGGAAAGUAGCAAACUGACAACGUUCUGGACACCGUUCGGCAGAUAUCGGUGGACUCGCUUACCUUUCGGAAUCGCAUUGGCUCCAGAAAUAUUCCAAGUAAAACUACAGGAGGUGAUCCAAGAUCUAAAAGGCGUUGAGUGCAUUGCGGACGAUUUACUUAUUUUCGGAAUAGGCGAUACGCUCGAAGAAGCCUUAAAAAAUCACAAUCAAUGUUUACAGUUUCUUCUUCUCCGGCUUAAAGAAAACAAUGUUAAACUUAAUCGCUCGAAAUUGAAUCUUUGUCAGACGUCUGUUAGAUUCUAUGGCCAUAUUCUAACAACCCAAGGACUACGACCAGAUGAAACAAAAUUGGCGACCAUAAAAAACUAUCCGACCCCUACCAACAAAAAAGAAGUUCAUAGGUUUGUGGGCAUGGUUAACUAUCUGAGCAGAUACAUUCGUGAUCUGAGCGUUAAUCUCACGUGCCUCCGCAAACUUAUCGUCGAAACUACACCUUGGCAAUGGACACCCACCGAACAGAAAGAAUUCGAGUUGAUAAAGAACGUAGUAUCUAAUAUAGACACGCUACAGUAUUAUGACGUAACGAAGCCGUUGACCAUCGAAUGCGACGCAAGCUGCUUCGGUUUAGGAGCUGCUAAAGAAAUUACGCUCAAAUAG